GAGAGAAUAAGGUAGAAAAAGAAGAGAGCGAGGUGGCGAAAGAGAGAGAAAUCAUGCCUCUGUUGCAAGGGCAGAGAAGGAGAUGUAUACGGGAGCGGAGGCGCUUCAAUCAAAUAUCCGGUUGCUGAAAUGCGCAGAAGCACCGCUGCAGCUGCGUUCCGCGUUGACUGAGCGGAGAGGGGAGGGGAGAAAAAACGGAGAGAGCGAGCGAGCGAGCAGCGUAGACGCAGUGGGACACGGAGUCAGAGAAGACUACACCGACGCACAUAGCCACACAACGAAUAAAUAGAGAAUCGACUCGAAAUUGCGCGUCAACGAGCCCGACCCGAGCGGUGUGCGGCCGAAACCCUUUUCACCAUGGAGACUGCGGUAAAAACACUAUCUAAAAUGUGAGAUUUACGAAGGCAAUCAGAAGAGAGCGAAAGAGUGGCUUUACUCCCUUAUCUUGAGCUGGUGAUUUCAAUUCUGUGCUCCGUCGUCGUCGCAGUGUUUCUGGGGUAAAAUGAAGAAGUUUAACAUCAGGAAGGUACUGGACGGCCUAAAGGAGCAAGCGUCUUCCUCGGCUUCGUCUGGCCAGUCGGGCACCCAGGAGAACAAUUUGAUGCAGGAGACCCUUCAGUCCGAGAAUUUUCAACUCUGCAAGACUGUCCGUCAUGGCUUCCCCUAUCAGCCGUCGUCCAUGGCCCAUGACCCAGUCCAGAAGAUCCUGGCCAUUGGGACCCAGAGUGGGGCCCUCAGACUGUUUGGUCGUCCAGGUGUGGAGUGCUACUGUCAACAUGAGAGUGGAGCCGCUGUCAUCUCGCUACAGUUUCUCAUCAACGAGGGGGCGCUGGUGAGUGCUCUGGCAGAUGACAGCGUGCACCUUUGGAACCUGAGGCAGAAGAGGCCCGCCAUCCUCCACUCACUCAAGUUCAACAGAGAGAGGAUCACGUUCGUCCACCUGCCCUUCCAAAGUAAAUGGCUGUACAUCGGCACAGAGAAAGGAAACAUCCACAUCGUCAACGUGGAGUCCUUCACACUCUCAGGCUACGUCAUCAUGUGGAACAAAGCCAUCGAACUAUCCUCCAAGGCCCACCCAGGUCCCGUGGUCCACAUAAGUGACAACCCCAUGGAUGAGGGAAAGCUUAUAAUUGGAUAUGAGUCUGGGAUCGUGGUCCUGUGGGAUCUGAAAUCAAAGAAGGCAGACUACCGGUACACGUAUGACGAGGCAAUCCACUCGGUUGCCUGGCACCAUGAGGGCAAGCAGUUUAUCUGUAGUCACUCAGACGGAACGCUCACCAUAUGGAACAUUAAGGGCCAGGGCAAGCCAUUUCAGACGAUCACCCCACACGGAAAACAGCCUAAGGAUGGAAAGAAGCCAGAGCCUUGCAAACCCAUUCUCAAAGUGGAGUACAAGACCACUAGACUGGGAGACCCAUUUAUGAUCCUGUCUGGAGGUCUGUCUUAUGACACGGUGGGUCGGCGGCCAUGUCUGACGGUGAUGCAUGGGAAGAGUACAGCCGUGCUGGAAAUGGAUUACCCCAUCGUAGACUUCCUCACGCUCUGUGAGACGCCAUACCCUAACGAUUUUCAGGAACCUUAUGCUGUUGUGGUCCUUCUCGAAAAGGAUUUAGUGGUGAUCGACCUUGCCCAAAAUGGUUACCCCAUAUUCGAGAACCCCUAUCCACUGACCAUCCACGAGUCUCCUGUGACCUGCUGUGAGUACUAUGCUGACUGCCCUGUGGACCUCAUACCUGCACUUUACACUGUUGGCUCCAGACAGAAGCGACAGGGCUACAGCAAAAAGGAAUGGCCCAUAAGUGGUGGUAACUGGGGCCUGGGCACACAGAGCUACCCUGAGAUCAUCAUCACUGGGCAUGCUGAUGGGACUGUGAAGUUCUGGGAUGCUUCUGCAAUAAUGCUCCAGGUACUAUACAAGCUGAAGACGGCCAAGGUGUUUGAGAAGAGCAGGAAUAAUAAGGAGGACAAGCAGAACACGGAGAUUGUGGAUGAGGACCCGUUUGCCAUCCAGAUCAUGGCCUGGUGUCCUGAGAGCAGGAUCCUGUGUGUGGCCGGGGUGUCUGCCAACGUCAUAAUAUACCGCUUCAGCAAGCAGGAGAUCACCACCGAAGUCGUACAGCUAUUGGAGGUGCGCUUGCAGUACGAGGUGAAUGACAUGGAGUCCCCUCCAGAGGGGGGAGGAGGGGGUGACCGCGGAGGCGGGGGGGACCGUGACCUGCCCACCCCCGGAACAGCCUCACCCAGCCCCCAGACCACCGGACCCCCGACACACCCCUCCACCAGCAGCAACUCCUCUGACGGGGUCCGAGACAACGUAGCCUGCCUUAAGUAUGCACCCUGCACCACCACCGGGUCACAUACAGUACUUACCAUACAUACACAUUCCCUCUCUGCAACAAAGUGGGCCUUUGGGACACACCACUUAGCUACCCACCCACAGGCUAUCCAACUGGGUGGGGAGCUACCCCCCCCCCCCCCCCUCUUUCUCUCUCUCUGUCUUUCUCUCCCUCUCCAUCUCUCUCUCUCUAUCUAUAGGGUGCGUAGUUCCCCUCUAAAGCAGUCUCCAGGGUACCAGGUAGAGUUGGUGGUGCAGCUGGUGUGGGUGAGUGGAGAGCCCCCCCAACAGAUCACAAGCCUGGCCCUCAACUCCUCCUACGGACUGAUUGUGUUUGGGAACAGUAAUGGUCUGGCAGUGGUGGACUACCUCCAGAAGACAGUGCUGUUGAACCUGGGGACAGUGGAGCUGUAUGGGUCUAACGAUCCCUACCAGAGACAGCCUCGCUCGCCACGCAAGACACGCCAGCCUUCCGGAGGUAAUGGUCUGUGUGAUAUCAACGAGGGCUCUGCCUCGGAGGACCGCUGCAAAUCCCCCACUUCAGUGUUGGCGUUAAACCAUCAGCAAUUCUACAAUGGAAGUGGGGGUAGAGGAGCAAAGAUGUCACGGAAAUUAAGCUUGCCUACUGAGCUAAAGCCAGACUUGGUCCUCCUGUCUGUAUGUCCUCCACGGGGCGCCAACCCACUAGACCACCGGGACAACUCCUUCAGCCGUUCACGCUCCUCCUCCGUCACCUCCAUUGACAAGGAGGCACGCGAGGCCAUCACCUCCUUCCACUUCUGUGAGACAUUCGCUCGGAAGGGGGACAGCACCAUCACACCCUGCCUGUACGUGGGCACCUCCCUGGGCACAGUGCUGGCUGUGGCCCUCAACUUGCCUCCUGCUGGGGAACAGAGGCUACUGCAGCCCGUCAUCGUCUUGCCUAGCGGUACCCUGGGGCGUCUAAAGGGCAGUAUCCUGAGGAUGGCCUUCCUGGACAACACGGGCACCUUCCUUCCCCCUGCCUUCGAGCUGUGGUACGAGCCCAACGCCGUGGGCGCCGACAGUGAGGAGCGAGACAAAGCCCGUAAACGCCGCCCGGUCUCUGUGUCGCCCUCCACCUCCCAGGAGCUGCAGGAGAGCCAGUAUGCGGUGGUGUGCUCUGAGAAACAGGCUAAGGUCAUAGCACUGCCCUCCCAGAACUGCAUAUUCAAACACAGCAUCACAGAGACAUCGUUCGUCCUGAGGGCUGACGUGGUCCAGAUGAACAUAGGGAACUGUGUGGCCUGUUUCUGUGCUAACGGACACAUCAUGACCCUCAGUCUGCCAGGGCUGAGACCGUUGCUUGAUGUAAACUACCUGCCGCUGACAGACAUGCGGAUAGCCCGGACCUUCUGCUUCACCAACCUUGGCCAGGCCAUGUACCUCACCUCCCCCACUGAGAUACAGAGGAUCACAUACAGCCAGGAGACCUGCGAGAACCUGCAGGAGAUGCUAGGAGAACUGUUCACACCAGUGGAGACCCCGGAGGCUCCCAACCGAGGAUUCUUCAAGGGCCUUUUUGGGGGAGGAGCAACUUCCCUGGACAGAGAGGAGCUAUUUGGCGAGACGCAGGCGGGUAAAGCAUCCCGUGGCCUUGCCCAGCACAUCCCGGGUCCUCAGGGACUGGAAGGCAUGAAGGGGGCAGCCUCGGGCGUGGUGGCGGACCUGGCACGUGCCCGGAUAGCGCUGGACGAGAGAGGGCAGAAACUGGGCGAGCUGGACGAGAGGACGGCCGCCAUGCUGGCCAGCGCAGACUCCUUUGGCAAACACGCCCACGAUAUGAUGCUGAAGUGCAAAGACAAGAAGUGGUACCAGUUCUGAUCUGAAAGAGGGGAGCAGAGCCAAAGGGACACUGCUUCAUCCGGACUCUACAUGCCCCCCCCCUCCUCCAUCUCUCCAUCCAUACCUCCUUCCAUCUCUCCUUCCUUUGCUGGACACGCGGGAUACUCUUCCCUAGCACAAUGUUGUAUACUGUAUUUACCUCAGUCAUACGGCUUCAUAUGAGGAACGGACUAGAGAGAAGGACAAAGUGAGAAAAAGGGUGUCCUCUUUAUUUUUAUCUUUUGUUUGUUUUGUUUUCCCCUCUGUGGCCUGCCAGUUGGUUGGAGCUACGGGGUUCCCUCAUCCUCAUUCGCCAAAAUGUUCCGUGCCGUCGUCUCUGCUCCAACCAAUCCGGGGCCAGUAUACUAAAGACAAAAACAGACACAACUGAGAAAAAAAUUAACAAUGAAGAAAAAACAACUACAAAAAAAUCUCAAAAUGGAAAAAGAGGAAAAAAAUUAUAUAUAUAUAUACAUAAUUAUAUAUACAUAAAUCUACAUAAAUGAUCAACGCUGUAUUCACUUCCGACUGUCAAGUGCAAAACAACAAGAGGAGAACUUCACAGGUGGAGCGAAACUGGUGGUGGGCAUAAGAAGCUCUACUCAAAGUCACGGGAUGUGUUGUCAUAGUGACAGCCGGCUCUAUGCAGAGAGUUGCAGGAUGAAAAAAAGCAAGUCCUUCCAAUGUACACUGGAUCCUCUCUCCUUGAUCCAAUUAGACUCUCCUCAUCAUAUGGAUUCACUGUUUUCGUAUUGGUCCCGACUGUUUUAUAGAUGUAUUCAUUUCUUUCCUCUUGUUUAUCGUUUAUUUUAUGCUCAGUCUGUUUUUACUUGAAAUCUGUUUUUGUUUGUUCUUAGUUGUCGUGAACGUUGUGAAUUAUGAUAUAUUUUCUUUUGGUCAUGUUGCCAGUAUGUUUUGUGGCUUUGUCAAACUCCCAUUAAUUGAUCCUUAUAAAAAGGGCUGGAUUCAAAAAGAGGGCAUGGAUAUAAAAUGCAUAGAUUUAUCAUUCAGAUCAGUACACGGUCACCAUAAACAAUGUGUCAUAUCAGGUAUCACACACAUCAGAACUCGAGAAGCAAGAUCGGAACUCUAGAAGCAAGAUGGUCAGUGUCUCCUCUCCCCUGAAGUGUUUCAUUUGACAUGUAAAUGCUACCUUCACCCCUGACCUCAUCAUGCCAUUUAACAUCUACUCCAGUUUGACUUUAAUAAUGACUCUGUGUGAAUUAUGUCAGUGUUACAGUAGGCCCGUACACUGGUAGUGUAUCCACACCUAUUGGAUUGGUUUUCAGGAGUAAUACUGUAUGGAAAUGAACUCCUCAAGUGCACGUAAACUUGGAGAUUACUACAGUAUAUACACAUGGGAAGAAAACCUAUUUGUGUGUGUUCAUAUAUGCAGGAAUAUAUAUGUACAUUCAGGCAAAGUCAUACGUUUUUGAAGACAGAAACUAUUUUUAUUUUUUUUCCCGUAAAAUAACUUUGUCAGUGUGAGUGGUCUAUUAAUUCACAUUUUAUUUAUUGAAGUGUAAGAGACGCUGCUAUAUGUGUAGUGUGUCGGAACUGUCCUCUGUUUCUGUCCUCAUUUCAGUGGUGAAAACACUCAUAUCUAUCUACUUUAAUGUUCUGCCAGGCCUCUCUACCAUCCUUUUGUAAAUAGGUAAAUAGUUUGACAAUCUAAGACCAAUUGAAAAGUGAUUGACAUUGCUCAAGCGAGCGACACAAGGACAGUUGCCAUAUUUUUUCUAACGCCAAAGAAUUACUUUAGCUUUCGUUUCAUUGUUCUAUUAGUCAACUUGGCAUUCCAAGUGUUUCGCUAAUGGAAAUACAAUAGGCCCUUGUCUGUCUAUACAGGGCCUUGGGAACUGUGCAUUCUGACUCGGUCACUGAGUUAGGUUCCAUUCUGAAGACGUUCUUUCUUCUCUAAGACCUUUUCGACUCAUCCUGAUAGGAGAUGGCUGGUUAGGUUGAAGUAAGAUUACAGCAACUCAACCGUGAGGCCACUAGUGAGGGUAGCAAGUUUUCAGAAUCGAACACAACUAUUGUAUUCACAACAUUGUGCCCUUCAUAAAAGUUUCACUAACUUCUAAACAACAUUUGACCAGCACAGUAUCUUUCAAGGUAGACGUUGCCACAAGCAGCACCGCAGAUAUUGUGAUGAGCGAGAUGCAAGAUUUUGCUCUCACACAAUCACACAGUAUAGGUAGGUGCAUGUGUGUGGGUUCGCUUCACACUGUUAGUGUGGCAGCCAGGGUGCCAAAAUAGCGAAGACGUUGAGUUGAGCAUCGUGCUUCAAUGCUCUUAGUUGUUGCGGAAAUUGACCCACUAUGCCAUUUACUUUUUGCAACCACGUCAUAUUGCUGAGUCUACCUUUAAUGUUCAACUUUGCCAUCUUUUCCUUUCCUAUUUUUAGUUGUACAUCGUUCUUUAACAUUUUUUUUUUGUGUUGUAUGAUCAACAAUGUCUUUCUCGUCUGAAAUACUUGAUUUCCGUGACCAAGCUUUCUGUCUCCAAUCAAUUGGGGGAAAUCACCAAGAAGAAAGAAACGAGUCAGUAACCACGGUAACUCGAGGAUGUCUACAUCAGCAGGAUGACGCAACCUCUGUGUAAUGUGGCUCCAUCAUAGAGCGGCCUCGCAUGUUCAGUGUCUGAGUCAGCACACAUCAUGCUUCGACUCUCCCUCGCUUGUCUUCUAAUGCAUUCUCCUUCUACUCCGGUAACAGUACCAAGUGGCUCAUGUUGGUGAUACUAACUGACAGGUUUGGCCUCCUUCUCUGUGUUCUAGUAUGCAUUGUUGUGUGGAUGUCGGUAGGUAGCCCUGCUUCAAUCUUCCAAGGUGAAAAGAAUACUUCAGGAAAAAAAAAAAAACUAGGCUAUGAUUGAGGUCCUUCCCUUCUAGCUCUCUUUUAUUUUUCUAUUCGAUUUUUUUAUGUGUUUUUUCUUGUCUUUGAGUGAGUUGUUUCUGGUCUAUACUCAGUAUGCGGUAUUCUUCUUACCUGGUAUGAUUCAUACUAAUUUACAAGAGGGAGUCUGUCCGCCAUAAUGCCAUUUCCGUCCUGGAUUUAACAGUUAUCAGUGGGUUGCAGUAUUUUCUCAUUGUAGCCAAUUUUCUUGUACAGUUUUAUGCAAAUUUCACAUGGAUGUUUAUGACUUUCUCUGCUGCCACAAACAAUUUAGAAAUGAUGUAGAUAGAAAUUACUGUGCAACGGAAAAUAAAAGUGGAAAAAAUGUA